AUGUUUCCCACCGCGAGCUCCCCCGAUCAUGCGAGCUACGACAGCGACACAAGCGAUGAGCGGCCCAGCUCACAGCCCGCACGCACUAAAAUCCACGCGACAUUUCAGAUCGCGCGCCCGCCCCCGAAAUCCUACCAGCGCCUAUUGAGGACGCCAAAACUACUGCUUCAAAUCCAGCAGCUGGCCCCAAACCACCACCCGGUGCCCGUGCUAGAGAUCUAUGAGGCGCAUUUUCGCAAAUCGAAACUGACCCGCGACUUUGCCCAGCGGCCGCCGAAACUAGCCAAGGGGGAUCUCUAUGCAGCGCUCGGGGAACCCUAUAUCACGGCUCACACGAGGAAUCAGUCGGCAAGCUCAGAGACAGCAGGAAAUGGCGACGACCAAGCCCAGGAAAAGGAUAUUAUCGCGGUAAUGUGCGAUGCGACAUCAACGGCUUAUUUCCGCGAUGCGCGGUGCAGCUGGCAAGCCAGCACGGGCACGACAGGCGCAGAGCAGAGCGCGCCGUGUUAUCGAUUUGCGAUCAGCGAUGAGAAUGGGAAAGAAUUAGAACAUUCCACUUGGAUCAUGCAGUGGGAAAAAAAAUCAUCGAGUCAUGGAAUCGCUUCCACGGACAAGGAUCAAUUCGUGCUUUUUAUUAUCGACCGGAAGACACGCCGUAGGAGUCGUGUAGCGACGAUGGAUCGCGGUGGAGUGGAAGUUAAGAUUCGCAAGGGUGCCCUCUUGGCGCAUCUGCAAAAAUCCAUGGAUUUGACAAGCCCGGUCCCGGGUCCUUCCCAGAAUCAUCCUUACGGGAUCCUAGAAACCUGGCUGUAUACCCACAUUCUCACGCUCGGGGUAUGGGUGGCUUCCCAAGAGGGAUGGUUAAGCUGA